UUCGUUUUUUUUUUUUUGCUUCGUUUUGCGUCUGCCUCUUGGUUUAUAUGGCUAAGACGCGAUGCGUUCAUCUUCAGUUCGUCCAGAUCGGUCACCACGAUUGGAAAUUGGAUAACUCAAGUUUAUUCCAUUUGUAAAAUUUAUAAAAUACAUAAAUAAAUAUUUACUGGAGCGUUGCGUUGUGUCAAAUAAAAAAAAACCCUUAAAAAAUUCGUUGCAAAAUGGCGCGUGCAGUUUGUUGCAUGGUCGUCGCUUGCAUCUUCUUGGUGCAAUGCGUUUACUCUGCCAAAUUCGAUGCAGAGAAUCGUCGUCUUAUACUCGAUAUAAACGAUCAAAAGACAACGAAUCAACAAUAUUAUUCCUCUAACUUUGACACAAACGCCUAUCGUUAUGGCUAUGAUGUGGGAAAGACAGGGAACUUCCAUCACGAGACCCGUGGACCCGAUGGCGUCACCUAUGGCUGCUACGGCCUGAUCGAUCCCUACCAUCUGCUCCGUGCCACACACUAUGUGGCCGACGCCCAUGGCUAUAGGACAGUAGAGCCGGAGAAGCCCGUCGAGACCUUCCCCCCACAUCUGUACAAUGAGACGGAUGGUGGUCCCUCGGCGCCAGGAAUUCUGCUGCAGUGGCACGAACUCUACUUCCCCAUUGGAUGCGGCAAGUUUGCCAACGGCGCCCAGUCGGGUGUGCCCUACUUUGUGGAGAAUGAUUAUAAGAAAAAGGAGGGUAGCAAGGAUGCCAUACCCUCGUUCUCGGUGAACAUUCCGGUACUGAAGGGCUCCGACCAGAAGAGUCUGCCCAUCCACAAGCCAACGGGUCCGCUGGUGCCCCAGGGCACAGGGCUCUUCGGCACCGACAAGGGACACACGCAUCGCGAGUAUCCUGGGGAUCAGGCGCCGUCCUUCCACUCUGUGAACACCCUGCUUCCGGGCAGCAACAAUGAUGGCCAAUACAAGCCGGAUAGCAAUCCUUAUAACCAUGUGGUUGGCUCCAACGGAGGCAACGGCGGCAAUGGCGGCAAUGGCGGCAGCGGCUCAGGAGGCGGCAAUGGCGGCAAUGGAGGAUUCGGUGGCUUUGGACCCAACGGUCCUGGCGGUCCUGGCGGUCCAAACGGACCCAAUGGACCCAAGGGGCCGUUUGGUCCCCCUGGACCCCCAGGACCCUUGGGCCCUGUCGGCGCGGGAGGCGGAGCCUCAGGAAAACCGGUAUACAAGGAUGGAGAUCGCACAGGCCUCGGAUCGGGUCAAUAUAAUGCCAAUGGCGACGCUACUGGUCCCGGCAGCGGCUCCGGUUUCGGCUCUGGCGAUCGCUAUAGCACUGGCAAUGGCAACGGCGUCGGUGCUGGCGAUCGCUAUAGCACUGGCAAUGGCAACGGCGUCGGUGCUGGCGAUCGCUAUAGCACGGGCAGUGGUGCUGCAGUCGGUACUGGAGUCGGUGCUGGCAGUGGCUAUCGUCCUGGCGAUGAGGGUACCUACACGAGCACCUACACGCACACCGAUACCGGUUUUCCUGGGGCCAUUGGAUACGUAUCAGGCAACGGUAAAUAUAGAGGUGAAGAUGGACGUUACAAAGGUAUUAAUGAUGGCAAAUAUUAUCACGAUGAUUCGGGCAAAUAUGUUCACGUUGAAGGCCCCACCGGUCCGCCAGCACCUCCGUAUGUCCACAUUGUUGGACCCGAGGGCGGCUACGGCGGCGAGGGCGGCAACGGCGGCAAUGGCGACGGCGGCGGUGUAGGACCCAACGGUCCCAACGGCCCUGGAGGACCCAAGGGACCUGGAGGCCCGAAAGGACCACCCGGCCCCAACGGACCACCCGGCCCACCUGGACCACCAGGACCUCCCGGACCCAAUGGACCUACUAGACCCGGACCUAAAGGACCCUUUGGACCUCCCGGCCCACCCGGACCUCAGGGGCCAACCAGGCCAGGACCAUAUGGACCUCCCGGCCCACCCGGCCCCACUCGUCCAGGACCACCAGGGCCACCGGGACCCCAACGCCCAGGACCUCCCGGCCCACCCGGACCCACUCGCCCUGGCCCACCCGGACCCGACCGCCCGGGACCACCCGGACCCGACCGCCCAGGACCACCGGGGCCACCACCACCAAACGGCAACCGUGUACCGCCCACCGAUCCCAGGCAUUCGGACAAGGAGACACCCGGAUACCUGCCGCCAGAUCAACCGGGUAAAAUCUCGCUACCACCCCCACCAUCCUACUCACAGACCAUUAAGAUCGAACCACCUCCGAAGUCACCCGUAAUCAAUUUCAAGCCCAAUUACGAACAGAAUAAUGAUUAUGUGCAAAAGAAACCAUCCACAAGCACAACCACAGCAAAGCCACCACUAACCUAUAUUCCUCCUUCUAUCCCACAACCAAAAAAACCUCAACCACCACCACCUUCCCAACACCAUGUUCCCGUUCCUGUUCCCAACGUUCCUGUUCCCGUUCCGCCAUUCCAAACGACAACAACGAUUGUACAGCCAAAGGUCCCGGCUAUCAUUAUUGAGAAGGAUAAUAAGCCACCAGUAACAAUCGGUAAUAUUGAUAUCCAUACAGUACCACAGAGACCGCACAACGUUGUACCGCACACACCACCCGCACCGCCCACUCCAGCAGUGGUGACACGAUACGAAACGACUCCACGAACGACUCCCAGACCCACUGUCUACCAGCCAUCCACGCCCAGACCCUUCGAAAAGGUCUCCAGUCCACCCAUACAAUACCAUACGCCACAGGUGCCCCAACAGCCACCGCCGUACAGACAACCCGUACCACAGACGCCGACGGUGACGACGCCACGACCACAACAGUCCUAUGUUGUUGAACCAAAAGUAACGCCACGUCCCUCUCCACCAUUGCAUGUGCCUGCGUAUCCGAACAGCGGCGACACCUGUGUCUGCAACGAUAAGACGCACCACUCAUCGAAAACCACUCAAAGCACCACAAGCACCCACUCCCACACUAGUAACAACUAUCCCCAAAAUCCUGCCUCUGUUGACUUUAACAAACAAUUUUCCGGCUUCAAUGGACAAGCGAACUUUGGCAGCAUAAUCAAUGCCAUGUCACUCACACAAUUGCCCGUGAUACCCCAAGCCCCGGGACAGCCGGCCUUCUAUCCGCCGGAUAAGAUACCCAAGGGCGCCGUCAUCGCUCUCAUGCCGGUGGUGAUCCUGCCACAGGAGUACUACUCGAAUUGCGAUGAGAAUUCCAUAUACACAAGCGACAAGCAGCAGAACAGCAUUGUCGAUCCCUUCCCGCUGGGCGUGCAGCCAGCGGCCAUACCGAAUGCCUUCAGCCUGCAUUCGGUGUUCACAGGCGGCGCCCCCAAGGAUCAGUGCAUGUGUCCCUGUUCCUGCACUCAGAAUUUGCCCAGCAGAUUGCACAAGAAACGCGAGACGAGCGAAAAGGAGGCCACGGAGGCGAAGGCCGAGGCCGAGGCGGAGGCGGAGGUCAAGGCUGCUGCCUCUGAGGAGGCAAAAGUAGAGAUUCCAGUCGUUCCUGCUGCCUCUGAAGAGGUUAAGGUGGAGGCUAAGCCCAUUCCUGCUGCCACUGAAGAGGCUCAAGAGGUUCUACCAGUACCAGCCGCCUCCGAAGAGAUUCAAGUGGAGGUUAAGCCCGCUGCAGCAGCCUCUGAAGAACCCAAAGUAGAGGUAAAACCAGUUGCAGCCGCCUCUGAGGAGGUUAAAGUAGAGAUUAAACCAGUGUCAGCCACCGCCGAAGAGCCAAAACCAGCUGCCUCUGAAGAAGCUAAGGUCCUGGCUGAUCCACUGCCCGUGGUAAAGGUCAAGGAGACUAGCGACGACAAGAUCAAGGUUGAGACUACGAACUAAGACAACGGCCCCGACGUCCUGACGAUGAAAAAACCCUCUCCCAGAUCCCGCUUUAAAUCCCGCUCCAGAAUCCUCCUCCAAACUCCUCCCAAAACUCCCCCAAAAAACUAAUCCACUUUCCAGUCUUAGCGUCUAAGUGUUUUGAAGUUGAGAAUCCAUUGAUGUGUUCGCUUUUUUCUUGUGUGUUAAUCUGCCUGUCGAA